AUGCUUAAUUACUAUGUCAAGAUCAAGGAAAUUAUUCUUCCUUCUGAAGUCAGGGGAGGAGACUUCCUACCAAAUAGAGCUGCUCGCUUUGCAUCGAUUCUGGAAAGGUGCAAUCUCAUUGAUCUGGGAUCAGUGGGGCGCAAAUUCACUUGGUUCAGGAAAAUGAAUAACAGGCUCACGGUGUCGAAACGAUUGGAUAGAGCGGUGGGUGAUGCUGAGUGGCGAGUGGAAUUCCCUGAUGCUUUUGUGGAGGUCCUGAACAGAGUCCAUUCUGACCACAAUCCCCUUCUUCUCCAAUGCGGUAACACAGUUCACUCAAGAGAUAGUCAGGAUCGGCCUUUCCGUUUUCUUGCUGCCUGGGCGGACCAUUCUGAAUUUGAAUCAUUAGUGGAAAAUUCUUGGAGGUUGAGCGACGAGAAUAUCCACCAUAAGCUGAACCGGGUGCGGGAGACUGCACUGGUUUUUAACAAGGAAGUCUUUGGGAAUAUUUUCAGGAGAAAGAGACACGUUGAAGGGCGCCUAAGAGGAGUUCAGCGAGAACUUGAUCAUAAGGUGACUUCAGACCUGGUUCUCUUCGAAGCGGACCUGCAACGGGAAUACAUAAGCAUCUUAAAACAAGAGGAACUGUUGUGGUAUCAGAAAGCAAGAGAAAAUAGGGUAAAAUUUGGGGACAGAAACACAACCUAUUUCCAUACCCAAACUGUCAUCAGAAGAAAGCGAAACCAUAUCCACCAUCUUAAAAUGGGAGAUGGUAACUGGUGCUCCGAUGAGGAUGUUCUCAAGCAGGAGGUGCAAGGUUUCUUUAUGAACUUAUUUGCUACUAGCUCUACAGUGGAAGAGGUAACUUUUAGCCACGCAGCUUUCCCGAGUCUGACAGAGGAGGCUAAAUAUCUUCUAGUACAACCAGUCCAAAAAGAGGAGGUUAAGGAGGCGUUGAUGAGUAUGAAAUCUUUCACUGCACCAGGCCCUGAUGGAUUCCAACCUUUCUUCUACAAAAAAUAUUGGAACCACGUGGGGGAUGCCCUCUGGAGUUUAGUAAAGGAGGCUUUCCAAGAAGGGCGUGUUCAUGAAGACGUGUUGGAGAUUCUGAUGGUCCUCAUCCCUAAGGUUGAUCAUCCGUCUAUGGUUAAGGAGUUCCGCCCAAUAAGCCUAUGUAAUGUCACCUACAAGCUUAUUACUAAAGUGUUGGUUAAUAGGAUCCGCCCGUUCCUUAAUACACUGAUUGGGCCAAUGCAGAACAGUUUCAUCCCAGGUCGAGGAACUAUGGAUAAUGCUUUUCUGGCACAAGAGAUCAUUCACCACAUGCACCUCUCCACUGCUAAGAAGGGUAAUUUAGCAUUCAAAAUUGACCUGGAAAAGGCGUAUGAUAGUGUCUCGUGGUCGUUUUUGAAGGAGACUCUAGUGUACUUUGGCUUCCCUGAGGUAACCAUUAACCUGAUUAUGUGUUGUGUAACCUCUUCCCAGAUUUCUAUUCUCUGGAAUGGAUCCCGUCUUCCAAAGUUUAGACCUGGGAGAGGGCUCCGACAAGGAGACCCGCUUUCGUCGUACUUGUUUGUGCUUUGCAUGGAACGCCUCUCUGUCUUCAUUCAAAGUAGGGUGGAUGUUGGACUAUGGAAGCCAAUAAGGAUUUCAAAAGGAGGUCCUCCGAUAUCCCAUCUCUUCUUUGCAGACGAUGUUCUCUUGUUUUGUCAGGCAACGACUUCCCAGGUUGAUCUCCUUGCUACAACCAUGAGGUCCUUUUGUGAAUGCUCGGGCCUUAAGAUUAACAUGGGAAAAUCCAAAGCUAUCACCUCAAAGGGCGUUAGGGCGGAGGUGAAGGCGGAAAUUUCUAACAUUGCUCUUAUCCCCUUUGUUAGAGACUUGGGCAAAUAUUUGGGUUUUCCACUAAAAGGGGGUCAUAUACAUCGGAGAAAUUUUGAAUGCCUUAUUGAGAAUAUCCAAAGGAAAAUGGGCACAUGGAGAAGGUCUAUGCUCAAUCUAGCUGGAAGAAUUUGUCUGGCGAAGUCGGUAAUUGCUUCCAUUCCGACUUAUUCCAUGCAAGUUUUCUAUAUACCCCGAGGUAUCACAAAUCGCAUAAAUAAGAUGAUGAGGUCAUUUAUUUGGGGUGGCAGCAAUGAAACAAAGGCGUGGCAUCUGGUUGGGUGGGAGAAAGUAUCUAGCCCGAAAGAUCAAGGAGGUUUGGCGGUGAGAGACAUGAAUUUAGCCAACACAGCUUUGCUUGGCAAGGCAAUUUGGAACAUUAUUCACAAACCUCAAAAGUUGUGGGUUCAGGCAAUGAAACACAAAUAUUUGGGGUCAUCUUCUGUUUUGCAGGUCCAAGCCAGGGUGCGAGACUCGCCAGUGUGGAAGGGGCUUCUCAAGGCUCGGGACCAACUAAGAGAAGGAUUCAGGUUUAGAUUAGGCACAGGAGAUUCAUCCAUUUGGUUUGAUGAUUGGAGCGGCAGGGGAAUCAUGGCAAACCAAGUGCCAUUCGUGGAUAUCCAUGAUAUUCAAUUAACAUUAAAAGAUGUCAUGGUGGCAGGGAGGUGGAAUAUGGAGAGAUUAUACACGCCUGUACCUGCUGCAAUUUUGGAGCACCUACAGCACAUAGAACCCGUGAUAGUGCAGAACCGUCGAGAUAUGUGGGUGUGGGACAGUAACGACAUGGGUCGCUUCACCGUCAAGGACGCUUAUACAUGGCUACAGAAGCACAAUCAAAUGCCGGCGUCGCUGCUGGAUUGGCGUUGGGUUUGGCGGCUCAAGGUUCCGGAGCGUAUACGCAUUUUCAUCUGGUUGCUGCUGCAUAAUUCAAUUCAAACAAACAGCCACCGCUUCCGCUGCACUCUAUCAUCAUCCCCGAGUUGUGCCCGGUGCUCAGCGGCGGAGGAAGAUGCUUUACACUGCCUUAGAGAUUGUCCGCACUCAAGAGAAAUUUGGAUGAGAGCAGGGGCUCUCGCUUGGCCAGGAUUCCAGGUGAGUGGAUGCACGGAUUGGGUGUCUCGGCAUGCACAAGGGACGAAUGGAAUCAAAUUCAUCGCUUGCUUGUGGGGUGCUUGGAAGUGGCGCAAUAAUAUGAUUUUCGAAGACUCUCCGUGGCCAGUUCAUGAGGCGUGGCGUCGUAUUUGUCAUGAGCAUGAUGAAAUCAUGAGAUUCACAGAGGAAGAUCAGAUAGAAGAUGAUCAAACUAUGAUGUCCACUAGGUGGAAUCCGCCUGGGGAAGGAACUGUGAAUAUGUGCCUUGACGGAAGCUAUAGCAGGGAGAGGAUUUGCAUGGGCUCGGGCGGGUUGGCUCGUGAUUCCCAGGGUCGGUGGCUCGCCGGGUUUUUCAGCCACAUGGGCGGAGGAAACGCGCUGCUGGCAGAGGCAAUGGCGCUGAAGAUCGGGCUACAGAUCGCGUGGGAUAAAGGGUGGAGAAAGGUACAGUGUACCGUGGAUUGUGGCACGUUGGUUCAAGCACUGAAUGAUGUUGACAGUCGUAUUUUCUUGCCCAUUCUUGAUGAUAUUUUGGAAUUAAUGGCUAGGAAUUGGUAUGUUUCCCUAAGUACUAUCAGCAGAGAGUGUAACCAGCCCGCGGAUUGGCUAGCUAGGAAGGGAGCCUCGUCACCAAACGUUGAUCUUUGCAUCCUUGAAGUUCCUCCCCCGGAAGUUGAGAUCCUCUUAUUGAGAGAUCGUUUAGCUUUGUCGUAG